AUGGAAAGAAGGCAGAUAGAGUCAAGCCAGGCUUCUCCUGUUGUGUCUCGUCUGAGGAGACAGGAUGUCGGCUUGAAAAGCCACCUGGAUCAGCUAGACCAGCGAAUAAGCGAGCUGAAAUUGGACGUCAGUAAGACCUCCAGUGAAUACUUGGAUAGUGACAGCCGGCCCAGCUCAGGCUUCUAUGACCUGAGCGAUGGUGGUUCUUGCUCACUCUCCAAUUCCUGUACCUCUGUGUACAGUGAGUCCAUCUCCUCCUCCCACACCAGUCUCUUGCCUGGCUCUCAACACCCUAAAGCGCGGCUCAGUGUGUUUGAUUACCGACCCAAGUCUGCAGAUGAAACUACUGUGCACGCCACCAGCUUCCAACAGCAGGGAACCUAUGUCAGCGAUGGAUGUCGGAUUACAGCUGGCACGGACAUUUCUGAAACUGCUGCCAGGUCCCGACCGAGGCCGGUUUCCACAGGUGACUUGGAAAGACUCAUUCCGGCAGACGCUAGAUUUCAGAAAGAGACAGAUCCCAAAUCCAUGUUGCCUCUGUGCCAUACUGGAGACAUGCACUUGCUCAGCGUGGACCCCAAAUUCCAGAACGACUUGGUCUCCAAGAAUGGCAUUGAUGUGUAUCCUUACCCAAGCCCCCUUCAUGCGGUGGCUUUACAAAGUCCCCUUUUCUCCCUGGUGGGGACAUCCCCAGAAGGAGACCUCCAGGCUCCUCCCAGCAAACCCAUGCCUAGUGCCACGGGUCCCAGCUUGAUUAGGACUAGGCCAACCGCUGAGGCCAAGCCAGGGGGUUACAUCAAUAAAUUACUGCAGCUGACGAGAUGCAAAGGGAACAACCGGGCUGAUGCCAGUGAGUGGGUUUCAACAAAGAGCCAGCCAGCCACAAUGCACCAGAGACUCAUUAUAACCCCGAGCAUCGGCGGAGUGAAAAUUAACAGCAGCAGUAGCCAACUGGAAAAACAAGCGAGUUCUCUGGAAAGUAACAAAGCUGAAGGGAAGCUGCAGACAGAGGUGCCGGAGGGGGAAUGUGCCAAGCAGCAGGAGACUAUGCACUGUGUGAAUGAAGAACAGCCAUCCCCUCGGCCUGACGCAGAGCCAUCAGCUGUGAAUAGUUGUUACCCUGCCAAGUCAGCAGCAAGGGGCUCUCCUCUCUCAGAGGCAACGGAGAGCAGCGUGGAGCGCAGUUCAUCCUGCUCGCAGCUGUGCCAGGAGGACUCCAGCCCGGGCACCUGGAACCCUAAAGCUGUCCCACCCAGAAAGCUGCCCCUCAAAAGGUGUGGCAAUGCCAAACUGGCUAAUGCCGGCUGUCACGAGCGAGUGGCACGGGGUGAGUUCGUUCAUGCUCAGUUCGUCCCUGCAGAAUCCCACCAAGUCCGGGUCAAGUUUGCCAGCUCCAAAACAAAGGCAGUGAAGAUAAAGAGGAGGAACAGUGAAAAGGUGCUACGGCCCGGGAAGCAAGCCUUUUGCAUGGAGAAGGCAAGGGGGUCCCAUGGGGCUGCCAGGCUGCCUGCGGAGUGGAAUCAGCCCCAAAGACCACCGGGAGCGAAGAGCCUCGUGCGGAGACCUUCGUAUUCCGGUGACGUGACCGGCAGGUCGUGCUCGGAGUCUAGCCUGUUCCCUGUGCCAGUCAGGCUCCCCGCCGUGCCGUCCAGGCCAGAGCUCUACAGAGCCUCUGCCAACGCACUGUAUUCCCUUGAAGCAGCUUGGCCGGCAAGGAGGGCUGGUGUCCUGCGCACUGUCAGCAUGAGGGCUCGUCCCAAGAGUCAGCGCCACGGAGCUUACGCCAAAAGUGAGUCGGACCACUCCGAGUACUCUGCAGAGUGCGCUUCCCUCUUUCACUCCACCAUCGCAGAGACCAGCGAAGGGGAGGUCAGCGAUUUCACGGCGAACCGUUUUGGGGACAGCGAGUCCAGUGAAAGCGAUUCGGAUGGCAGCAGCAACAGUAGCAGCCUUGCCCUUGACUAUGAUGAGGGGGAUGAAAGUGAGCUGAUUUGGCCUGAAGGUUCGGUCAGACAAUCGGGGGCUGUCCAGGCCUCUUCCAAGCCUCUUCCCCCAGUGCCCAAAAUCUGUCGCAUCAAAGCUUCGAAGGCACUAAAGAAGAAGAUUAGGAGAUUCCAACCAGCCUCUCUGAAGGUCAUGACCAUGGUUUAG